UCCCGCUGCAUUGUGGGUGAAGAGACUUCAGCGGAGCCGCGCCAUUUUUUUGUGUGUGUUCCGACCUGAAAUCAAAAAGCUGCGUUUGGUGACGGUUAGAUUCCCGAAUUGAAUUCCUCUCCUGUCGGUUUGGAAGACAGUAACGAGUUAUUAGAAUGGGACGGAAGAAGAAGAAGCAGAUGAAGCCCUGGUGCUGGUAUUGCAACAGAGAUUUCGAUGAUGAAAAGAUUCUCAUUCAGCACCAAAAAGCCAAACAUUUCAAAUGUCAUAUAUGUCACAAGAAGCUGUACACAGGACCUGGAUUAGCCAUACACUGCAUGCAGGUGCACAAAGAAACAAUAGAUGCUGUUCCUAAUGCUAUACCGGGAAGAACAGAUAUUGAAUUGGAAAUCUACGGCAUGGAGGGUAUUCCAGACAAAGACAUGCAAGAUCGGAGAAGAGUACUUGAACAAAAGUCACAAGAUAGUCAGAAGAAGAAGCAGAACCAGGAUGAUUCUGAUGAAGAUGAUGAUGAUGAUGAUGAUGAUGAAGCUGGACCUUCGUCGUUUCAGCAGCCUGUUGCUCAGCCUCCGGCUGCCUACAUGCCCCCAAUGACCCAGGCAGGCAUGCAUCCUGGUCCUCUGGGCCAAGGCAUGCCACACACUGGUUAUGCAGGCAUGCCACCUAUGUUGACUGGUGUCCCACCAAUGAUUCCUGGUAUGCCGCCAGUAAUUCCAGGCAUGCCACCUGGUAUGAUGCCAAUGGGAGGGAUGAUGCCCCCAGGUCCAGCAAUGCCUCAUAUGAUGGCCGGCAUGCCACCAGGAAUGCCCCCUCAUGUUGCCCGUCCUGGCAUGCCUCCUAUGGCACCCGCCGCCCCAGUCACAGCUCCUGGAAUGGCCAGUAGACCGGCUGUACCCGCCACACAAACUGCUGCAUCCAAACCUCUCUUCCCCAGCGCUGUGCAGAUGGGGACUGGUGUUGCGAGCCCCAGCGCAGCCCCUGCGAGUGCAGAGACACAGUGUGCCUCCUCUAAGCCUCUGUUCCCUAGCUCUGCCCAAGCGCAGCAGACUGUAUCAGGAGCGCCGUCAGCCCCCUCUGACUCCCCUAAGGUGACAUUCCCAGCCUACACGCAGCCUUCCUCCACUCCCUCUGUUGCUGCCUCCUCCAGCACUGUGGCCAAGCCCCCUGCCACAGUCACAAGUAAGCCAGCCACCCUCACCACCUUGAGUGCUACCAGUAAGUUGAUGCACCCUGAUGAGGAUAUCUCGCUGGAAGAGAGACGGGCUCAGCUGCCUAGGUACCAGAGGCUAAUCCCUCGGCCUGGGCAGACUGCUGCAGCUGGUGGAGCGGUGGGAGGAAUGAUCCCUGCCCAGCAGGUCAUACCUCCUCAGCAGCCUGGAAUGAGGCAUCCCAUACAUGGUCAGUAUGGUGGUCCUCCACAGGGCAUGCCUGGUUAUAUGGGUGGUGGCAUGCCUCCUUAUGGACAGAGUGCCCCCAUGGUGCCCCCAUACCAAGCUGGCCCUCCAGGGCCUCCCAUGGGCAUAAGGCCACCUGUAAUGUCUCCAGGCAGCCGGUACUGAAACGGCCCUGUCGUCCCACUAGGUUUGGAGGUUAAACCUUUUCUCAUCUUGUGCUUUUAAUGUAGCCAAACCAAUGAGCUCUAAACCCACUGCUGAAGAAAAACUGCAUACUGGACAUUUGAGAUAUAUAAUAUCACACACGAGUUUUGGAUUCAGCCCUUAAAUAAAGACAAAGAAGAUAACAGCAGUAUCAAUGUCACAGUUGAUACAUGUAUUGCUUUUCUUCCUAUUGUGUUUCAUUCAGGUUGUACAAGUACAGUAUAUUAGACAAAGGUUCAUAAUAUAUUGAAGCCGCUGGCCUAACAGUAUCUCCAUACUCAAGGCAAGUUCCCAGUAAGAUUUCUGCUUUUAUCUUCGUAGUGAAGCCCUCACAGCACCAUACUGUGCUGUUGGACUUUACGUCCCCAACAUCAGCUUGGUGAGGGCUUCAGAUCACUGUUGUCAUGUUGCUUUUUGUUUUUCUUUUAACUGUUUGCAUCCAUAUAUUCAGGGUUUAAAUAGCACAAGGGUUCAUGUGUCUUUCUGUAUUUUUUUCUUUAUGUAUUGUAAUAAAACAUACUUAAUUUGAUUUUUUUUUUUUUUUUUUUUUUUCUUGAUUGUUUUUGUGUGAGUGUGUUUCCUGAACCGUGGAGUCUUCAGGCAGGUUGGUUUUCUUGAUAAAGCCAUAAUGACGUUACAAAUACACUCGCUCUGUCAGUAACAAGUUCUGGUAUGUUCUUAAAGGUAUUUGGUGUUAACACCAUAAAGUCAUUUAUAGUAAGAAAACAAAAGUAAAGCCCUAAUCACAGCUUAACAUUUUAUCAGAUGUUAAAUGAUCCCUUUUGUUGCUUGAUAACCUAGUUGCAUGAAUGAUCUUUCCAGAUGUUGGAUUUAAGAUUCACGAAACAUUUGUGACAUGCUUGAUUGAUAUUUCUCAGUUACCAGUAUUAAAUUGGUACAAUGGCUUGGAAGCAUUUCCUGGUCUGCAGGUAAGAGCCACUGUGUGAAUUACCUUGUAAAGAAUCAGAUUUUAUUGCAUGUUUUUCUAUUUCAACCAUGGUCUUACUUUUUUUUUUAAUCGUGUAAUGAAUUGACCAGAAACUGUUUUGGCUAAGACAGCAGGAAAAAUAAGCUCAAAUAAAAUAAAGAUAUUUAACCAGUAGAUAAUUUGCCAGACAGUCACACUAUUAACAAGUAACAUCUGUAUUCACAUUAUCUGUCAGACGUCUAGUGCCCUUAAAUCAGGGGUUUGCCAACCCUGCAGUUGAAGAGCUACUGUCUUAGUUUAGUUUCAUCCCCAUGUCAAGACGCCGUGACCAUGAUGGGGUUUCAUCUUUCCUUCCCAGUUCACUGUUAUUUGAAAGGGAAAAAGUUCUAUAUUUAUUGCUAAGACGUCAUGAAAAUUCAGUGCUGAAACGCUGAUCUACAAAGAUUUAUAGCAGAAAGGUUUGCACUGUGAUGUUACAAAUGUGAAAUAAACUUCUGUAUUCUAA